CCCGUCCCUGAGGCCCCCCCCCCCCCCCCCCCCCACCAGCUCCACCGGACGUCGAGAUGACGGAAGCCCAGGAGCCACAGGUGAACUGCCCCCCAGAUCUGGGUCUGCAACCAGUGGCGGAUUGGCUGAUGGACAGCCUCCGAGCGAAAUAUUUGCAAGGCAAUGAUGACGUUUGGGACGGGGUGUACAGGGAGCUGAUCCCAAUGUUGGAAAGUGGUGACUGCUUCCACAAAGCGUUGCUACAGGGACCCCCUGAAGGAACAGACUGGCACACCAUAUGCCAGAAACUCCUCAGCAUCGUUCUCAAACGUUUUCAGCCCCCACUGGCAGAGCAGGAGGUAGGUAAAGAACAGGAAACCUCCAACUGUCCCCGACCUCCGACACCGCAACAGGACGCGGCACCCGCCUCGACGGCAGCGGACAACCCCUCGAGGGAGGUACGAGUGAGUGGACCACAGGGAAGGGAGGGUGAAACCCGGUUGGAGAAAGGAACAGCGGUAGCAGGUGUGACGGAAGACAGCCCUUCGGGGACGGAACGGGAGGGAGGAAUGCAGGGAGGGGAGGGAGAAAACCAGAAGGAGGUUGGAACAACUGUAGAGGGUGUUGUCCGCUGUCGGGUGACAUGGCGAACGAGCCAGAGGAGGUUGAGGAGCCAUUCAAGGAGGACAUGGCCUGCCAGGGACCACGUGGUGUGGAGCUGGGUGACUCCUGGGCAGAUUUUGCCGGGCAUUUCUCGCGGGUCAAGAAGGCUGUGCUGCAAAAUCUGCAACAAGGAGUACAAAGGAAACCGGAAACGUGCAUGGGAGCACUUCAUCACGGCGAGGGCGUCGGCCAGAUGUCCGGGUGCGAACCUCUCCAUUUGGAAGAGGCUGCACCGCAUCGGUGCGAAGCUUCCACGGGAUCUGUUGGAGAGGGUGCAAAUGGCGUUGGAGCACGAAAGGGACGACGGCAUUCCUGACGUGGUAGGUGCUGGAGAGGAGGGGGGAGGUGGGAUUGCUGAUCAGCCUGAGGAAGCACGUGGUGAGGAGGGUGAGGAGGGAUUGGAUGAGGGGACGAGGGGAGUUGUGACUGGAGGAUCCGCCGGUGGAGGGAGGCCUGCGUCCUCGCAGGCUGUGAUGCAGGGGCCCCGCGCACGCAGAACGGGGAGGCAGACGAGCAUCAAGAGGUAUGCGAAGAACCCAAGGCAGGAGGAGAUAGAUGACUCCUGCUCCGAGUUCUUCGUGAAGAACGCGAUCCCGUUCAACGUCGCGAAGAGCAGGAGCUUCAAGAAGUUCAAGUGGGCGUGUUAUGGGCCACAGCCUGCAGCGAGUCACCUUCUUGUGCCUACUGGGUACAACCCCCUCAGAUGUUGGCUCGUGGAUCGCUUGAACAAGAGGUUGGAGGACGAGGAGCAAGUGAUCCGGGACGACUGGGAGGUGACGGGCUGCACGUUCAUAACCGAUGGGACCACAAACAUCUGUGGUCAAUCGCUUAUCAACUACAUCCUCACAGUUCGGUCGAAGCCUGUUUUCAUCAAGUGCGAGGAUGUCAGUGAGGGGGACAAGGACUCCGCAGUUGUCGUGGCCGGAUGGAAGCGUUUUUUCAGGGAGUGGGGGGUGGAAAAGAUCACGGCUGUCUUCACGGACUCUUUUGCGGGCAACACGAGUGCUGCAAGGAUGUUGAGGGAGGACCCCGAGUUCAGCCAGAUCUAUUGGCUGCCUUGCACCGCUCACUGCAUUGACCUCCUCCUGCAUGACAUUUGCAAGAAGGAGUGGGCGGCUGAGAUCAUCAGCAAGGCGAACAGAGUGGUGAACUUCUUCCGGGUUCACAGAUGGCCUAGAUCGAUAUUGAGAACUGCACUUGCCAAGUUCACGGACUUGAAAUGCAGCUGUCUCCUCCGACCGGCGCAGACAAGACGAAGUGCAGGAACAAGCUGCACCACCAGCGCACCAAGGCUGAAGAGUAGGGGGGAUGACGGGCCCAUGAUAGUAGGAGGGUGGCUGGGGCUCUCAGCUGACUGGGAGGACGAGGACCUGGAGGGUGACAUGGCAAAUGUCACAGAGGCCGUUGAUGACCACGAGCCUGCUAUCGGGGGCGCCGGUUCUGCGGUGGCCAGCACUAAUGUUCGCCACGAUCGAGCCGGCCCAUCGACAUCGAGGUCUGUGCAGAGAUUGGGGCAUGCAGAGGAGGUUGACGAUGAGGAGGAGGAGAAGGAGGAGGAGGAGCACAUUCCCGGUGAGGAGUGGACUCAGCCUCGUGGAGAGGAGCGCCAACUGGACGAGAAGCAGAGGAGGGAGCAGCAAGAGGAGGACGAGGAGGAGGAGGAGGAGGAGGAGGAGGAGGAGGAGCAUGGGGAGGAGGGGCAGGGGGGGGAGCAGGGGGAGGAGGAGCUUCAGGAGGAGCAGCAGGUGGAGGAGCUUCAGGAGGAGCAGCAGGUGGAGGAGCAGCAGGUGGAGAAGCAGCAGGUGGAGGAGCAGCCGGUGGAGGAGCAGCAAGGGACGGAGCAGCAGGUGGGGGAGCAACAGGUGGAAGAGCAGCCAGUGGAGGAGCAGCAGGGGACGGAGCACCAGAAACGGUGGCGUCUAAGUCGAAGUGCAAGGCGUGUUMKUGGAGAGAGGCCUGCAAUGCGGUGCGCUGCAGUKGGUCGUUUGAUCCUGUCUGCGGAUGUGACGGUGUCACGUACGUCAAUGGCUGCAUUGCUUGGUGUAAGUGCRUCGACAAGACGACGCCCGGAGUUUGUCGCCGUCGGUGUAAAAGCUGUMAGUCUUAUGGAAACAGCUGCCAAUGCACGAAGGAAUAUCGCCCUGUUUGUGGAUGCGAUGGGCGUACGUACGGUAAUCCUUGCCUUGCGGAGUGCGCCUGCAUCUACACAUUUACGGAGGGAGAAUGUGCAAAGUGAGGAGUCACCCAGACUAGGACUUGCGUGAGCUGCAUCUGGAGUCAUCUGUGGGCAGUGGAUCGUCUUACGUUUCUCGUAUUCCAUCUCGCGCUGGACUCCAUUUGUGUGGAGCAAGUUAUGGUUGACGGCUGCUUCAUCUGACAGUCUAUUGAAAUCUGAAAACCUUUUGUUUGCGUUUGUCGCUUUGAAUGUGACGAAGUAGGCCUACCACRCUUCAGAGUCUGAGGUUUUCUUCUUUCUUGAAAAGGAAACUUUAAGGAACCGGAAAACUGUCCAAAGUUGGCUCUCCGAUUAAGUUUCCGCCU